CCAACUUCCACACGAGCCACAGGAAAAAGUCGGGAAACACAUCUGUCCCCGCACGUCGCUGCUUCUUCUCGACCUGCGUGUGAUUUGUUAAAGCUGUUACGGUGAACAUUGGCAGCGGUGCACCGGAGCGCGCGCUGGGGGGAAGUAUAGUUGCCGUCACUUGGCCGCUGUUGAGAGCGGUGUUGGAGCGUCGCAAUGCUGGGACGGGUCGCUGCGAUGGAGAACACGCACUAACCCGGAUUUGGAAAUUGUGUGUGUGUGUUUUUUUUUCUUUUCUUGGAUUACUCCCCGGUUAAACCGACCCGGUUCGUUCUCCGGUGGAUGUUCUCUUGGUUCCUUGCGGUAGCGUGGAGUAGCGAACACUUUGAAAAUGCCUGCAAAAACCAAGUACAACCUCGUCGAUGAUGGGCAUGAUUUGAGGAUCCCGUUGCACAACGAGGAAGCGUUCCAGCAUGGGAUCAACUUCGAGGCAAAGUACAUCGGCAGUCUGGAUGUGACGCGGCCGAGCAGCCGAGUGGAGAUCGUGGCCGCGAUGAGAAGAAUUCGGUAUGAGUUCAAGGUGAAAAACAUCAAGAAGAAAAAAGUCAACAUCGUGGUGUCUGUCGACGGCGUGAGAGUCGGCUUGAGGAAAAAGAAAAAAAAGAAGGAGUGGACGUGGGAUGAGAGCAAGAUGAUGGUGAUGCAGGAUCCCAUUUACAGAAUAUUCUAUGUAUCGCACGACUCACAGGAUCUGAAGAUAUUCAGCUACAUCGCCAGAGACGGACAGAGUAACGUCUUCCGCUGCAAUGUCUUCAAGUCCAAGAAGAAGAGUCAGGCCAUGCGUAUUGUUCGGACGGUCGGCCAGGCGUUCGAGGUUUGUCAUAAACUGAGUCUGCUGCACACGCAUCAGAACGCAGACGGACAGGAGGAAGGCGAAAAGAUCGGCGACGACUCCUCUGUCACAGGCGUGCGUGCUCAUCCACCUGUAUGUGUGUGUACUUUCCUCCGCUCAGCUCGGGAGCUAACCGGCGCCGAGAAGACGCCGACCGUCACCGAGGAGACGGACAUCGACGCGGAUGACGCGAGCCACGUGUCUGCAGCAGAGGAGUUAAACCCCAAUAGAGGGGUGACUGAUCUGGACGCGACAGCCAAGUCCCCUGAUCUGAACCACGCAGAGAGCAAGGCUUCAGAGGAGGUCUCUCUGCUGUUGGCCAGCCCCAGGAUGCUGCUCCCUCCAUCAAGCACGCUGCCACCAGGUGCCCCCCUGUCUGUCCACCACCAGAUCCAGCUGCUCCAACAGCAGCUCCAGCAGCAACAACAGCAGACACAAGUGGCCGUAGCACAGGUCCACCUGUUGAAGGACCAGCUGACUGCGGAGGCCACGGCGCGGCUGGAGGCCCAGGCCCGAGUCCACCAGCUGCUGCUGCAGAACAAAGACCUGCUGCAGCACAUCUCCCUACUGGUGAAACAGAUUCAGGAGCUGGAGCUCAAGAUGUCUGGACCAAACUCCAUGGGAUCUCAGGACAGUCUGUUGGAGAUCACCUUCCGGUCUACGGUACCUCCAGUGAUCUGCGACCCCACAACACCCAAACCUGAUGUGUCCGCCCUCAACCUGCCCGCGCUGGGCUCCACCGACGGGACCGGCAACGCCUUCUCGUCUUCCAAUGGGACUCUGGGAAGCCCCCUAGGUAGGGACAAGUGUCUUCUCAAACUGGAGCGUUUCCGUUUCCUCCCGGGGCCUCCGCCUCCUCAACUCCCCUCGCCUCCCCCGCUGCACAAGGCCGACAGGCCCGAGAGCGAAGGCCAAGAGGUGUCUGAGGUGAAGUUGUUGUCCCACGACCUCAAAUCUCUGGGCUGCCUGGACUUUGCCGAGAGGUUUCGCGAGUCGGGCAUCGCCUCGGAGUACGAGUCGAACACGGACGACAGCGAUGACAAUGAGGAUGAUGGGGAGGACGAUGAGGAGGAGGGGAUGGAGAUCUUUGGCUGGGGGAGGGACGAGGAGACGCUGAGGCUGCUUAAUGUUCUCAACAGACAGGGAGCUCCUGACUGUCUGGGAGAUGAAAUAGCGGUAUAGCGCACUAACCUGCUCCCCGGAAGAAUCAACAGCCUUUUCCUGUUUCUGUCCAUUCACACAAACUACCCUGUAGGAAUAACCAUGUAGCGACCUAACCUCUGUCAGACAGUUAUAUAUACAAGGCUUACGCCAACAUAUUGGUGUAAUAUAGUUGCGAUUGCAUAUAAGAGAAAGGAAAGACUCAAAAUAGAUGAAUAGAUGAAAGCAUAUGUAGGCGGAAACUCGAGUAGCCCUGAUCUGGUCAAACUGAAUGUGGUCGGCUAACGUAGAGAUCCUGAACACAGGAUCCACUCGUGCGUCUUUAGGGUUACAUGUUGUGCUCGGCAGAGGGAAGAGAAUCUUAGCUACUUGGUUUACUUUGAUAGAAGUGGGUUGGCUGCAGAUUUACUCCCUUGCUCACUGACUGGGGUGCUAUGCGUUCAGUGCUGCCACUAGUAGCCAAACGCUAUUAGCGACAUUUAUUUAUUUGUUCACUUAUUACACUGGAUAAGUUGCUAUAAGAACACUGCCCUCCCCCCCUUUGUGUCUGUUUUAACAUGCUUCACAUACAAAAUACAUAUAUUUUAUUUAUCAAAUUAUUUAUUUACCACGUGAAUGUACACGAGGCAGUAGCAACAACUGGGGUCCCUGGUGAGGCUUAAAAUCAGUACGAGCUGACUCAGGGUCAGUGCGUGUCAUCAGUUAUGCCUGUAACUGUCACAGUUACUCUCUGUUUGCUGCCAUCAAAUACAUAGCUUAUAUUUGCAGUAAGAUGAUAAUUUCUUCAAAAAUUCAGUCGGAACACACUUGAGGAAUAUCAGCAUCACCUUAAGUGUCCCCUACCGGUCACACCUGUGAUACACGUCUCAAGAGACGACUGUGUGAAUCGAAUCGCUAAUCUGUGCAUGCACACCUAUUCUUUACAAUCUUGUUUCCUUUCGCCUUCUCUCUUUAUUACGCACACAUACCUGAAAUCCGUACAUCACACACACACACACACGCUCCCAAAGUCUCCUCCCAGCUCUCUGCUGCUGAAUUUGCAGUUUGAGCAGUUCUGUAACAAAAUCAGGGAGUUUAUCUUCAGAGUCUUUCCUCCUUUCAUUCAACGGAUUGAAUUUGUGAGUUAGCCUGUCUUUAUCGUGGAAUUGAACCAAAAGUUGGAGGUCAGUUCAGGGGCAAGCUCUCACUUUGUCAGGAUCGGGAGCGUAGCUGUCGGCCGUGCCGGCAGGAACAAGACGACUGGGUUUGGGGACCGGACAGACUGAUGAGCUCCUGUCCUUGCUGGAGAGAAACUCUUCUGAUGAACACUUCAGCCGAAUCCAGGAAAGAACUUUAUGACUGUCUCUAUGUUUGGAGAGGGGGAAGUCCUUUUCUUGAGCUCAUAAUAAUAAUUAUUAUUCAAAGACUAUUUUUAGACAGAACAUCUGUAUCUGUACUGUAUGUACAAACUUUGUUUUCUAUGCCAUCCCACAGAAGUGUUGAACUGCUCCGUCCUUGACUCCUGCAGGCUGCCCUCUUUUGGUCUCCUCACAGUUUGUUGACUUGGUAGUCAGAGCAUGUUUGCACUCUCUUCACUUGUCUCCCCCCCCCCCUCCCGCUUUUAAUUUAUGUAAAGCCAGGAUUAGUCGGACCUCGAGGAAUGCCGUUUGUUUCUUUUAUUCCUCCCGUAAACAAAAACUCUUCCCCUCGUGCCAGAACAGCGGCUCACGGAUGACAGCCAAAAGUGGUCUCAUUUGUUCAAA